CAGCUUUCGAUUGGAGUUUUGCCUUUUCCAAUUAAAUCACCUAAUUUCCAUAUCUGGACCAUACUGACCAAGUUAUCAUACAAAGGUUAUCAAGGCUAUGAGAAUGACCUCUUUAGCAGUGAUUCUAUGCCUAUUUCUAGCUGUACCUACAGCAGGUAAGAUCUUUUAUCAAAAUACCACAAAUAGCCCACAUACAUAAACGUAACACCACAGACAUCCCCACAUACCUGAAUACCGCAAAAACAGCAACCACACAUACGUAACACAGGUAGCCCAUUUUAAUUUCUGUUCCUCACUGAACAUACUGAGAUAUGAAGAAACACUACACUUGCUUUAUUGUAACAUCUAGAGUUUAAGGCAAAAGAAUCAGCAACCUAUGGAACUAGAUGCCUUUGUAUGGCAGGCAAGCCUGCCAGACCAGUUGGGGAGAUCAGGUGAUCUUUCUAGCUCACCCAUAGCACCCCAGUGCCCAUACAUUAAGGAAGCCUGUUGUGGUGUGUACCUCCAGCAGGUGCAGACAACACAGGUAACUCUACCUCACAAUGUGGUGCUUCUCCAUGAUUCAGAGCAUUGCAGAGCUACGUCUCAGGAAAAGCUCAGAACGGAGACAGCCGUACAAGUGGUCUGCACCCAUAGAAGUUGCAGACCACAAGAUCCACACAGAGAACCUCCAGGGAUUAAUUUAAAGGGACUCUCCAGUGCCAGGAAAACAAUCCAUUUUCCUGGCACUGCAGGUCCCCUCUCCCUGCCACCUCCCAAUCCCCAGUUGCUCUUCAGCAGGCCUGUCACAAUUGUCUCAAACUCCUUUGUGAGUUUAGGGGAGUCAAAAGUUGGAAGAAUGUUUCUAAGGAUUGUGUGUUUUAUUCUGGUAGAGAGGAAAUGCAUGCGCAUUAGGUCUCCCCGGCCGGUGAUGUAAUGCAGAGGAGGAGCGGCGGUGACCAGAAACCACCGCCGCUCCUCUUCUGCAUUACAUCGGCCAGUGAGUGAGACUGAUCCCGCCCACCGGCCGGGGAGACCUAAGGCACAUGCCGGCGCGGCCCAGCCGGUGAUGUAAUGCAAAGGAGGUGCGGCAGUGACCCGAAACCACCCCCCGCUCCUCCUCUGCAUUACGUCGGCCGGUGGGUGAGACUGAUCCCGCCCACCGGCUGGGGAGACCUAAUGCGCUUGCGCGGCAAUGCCACGCAUGCGCAUUAGAGCUCCCCAUAGGAAAGCAUCAGACUGCUGCGUUCCUGUUUUACCCUCAACAUAGAGCCUCGUCUCAUGUGUGUGGGGGAAAAGGCUACAUCUACACUGGAGAUUGCUAUACGCAGUAUACUCCACUGGCUAUAAUCACUAAGUUCUUUUAAGAGCUUGUUCCUGCUUCGCCCUCUGAAGGAAGAGAGGUUCACCCACUGGAGCCUGGAGCCUUGUUGUAGGAGGCAGCGAGAGCCCAACCAAGCUGAGGCGGUUCGUGGGGUCUGCAGUGCUUAUGGUGUCAAGUGGAGUGCUUGGAGCCCUCGGGAAGCACUAGGAGCAACCAUCAACGGAGGUACCCAGUCGGGGUGCCAGGUGAUCUGUUACAGUCAGGCUCUACUAAGACUUGCAAUAGAGGUCAGAGAUGGUUAGCUAGUAUCUUUGUAAAAAAAUGUAAGUCUAUGUUUAUGAGGGAGAUAGGGGCAAUAGCUUCCGCAGUUAAGUCUUUCCCAGCUUUGGGUAUGAGAGAAAAAGUGGGCUUCCAAGGCCGAUUCUGGGAGAGUAGUAAAGGUAGUUAGAGAAUUGAAGGCAUUCAGAAAAGGAUCAGUGAGGGUUAGUAAGAAUGUUUAAAAGUAUUUGCCUGUGAAGCUGUCUGGGGCAGGGCUUUUACCAAGUGGCAGGCCUGUAACAAUUGUCUCAAACUCCUUUGUGAGUUUAGGAGUCAAAAGUUGGAAGAAUGUUUCUAGGGAUGGUGUGUUUUAUUCUGGUAGAGAGGAAAUGUUCUAUACCCUGUUGUAUGGGUGGUGUGUUGCGAAUAUUGUCAAAGUUGGUAAAGCAUUAUGAAAGGCUACCAGAUUAUCUUGUGUUAAUUGAGAAGAUUCUCCAUGGGUUUUUAGAUAUUCAUGAUAUAGAUUGAUUGCCUAGUGUUCUGCAGAGGUUUUGCUAAUAAGUGGCCACAUUUACUACCAUGAGCAUAGUAUGAGUAUUGCAGCAAGAUUAACCGACGUAAGAAUUGUGCGUUCAAAAGUUGUUGAAGCUCUGACCUUUUCCCUGUUAAUUGUUUGUGUAAAUCGAAGGAGUUGUGCCUCUUAUUGAAGUUUUCUAGUUGUAAGUGAAUUAACAUGUUUGUCAUGUUUUUUGAGCCUUGAAGCGAAAGGCAAUAAGUUCCCCUUGAAUAACGCAUUUGUGUGCUUCCCAGGUGAUUGUGGGUGAUAUUGAUGGGUGAGUAUUUUCUUUGAAGUAUUGUUGGAGAGAUUUGGUAAACUGAGAUACUUUGUCUGGGUUGUUUAGAAAAGGUUCAUUAAGUUUCUAUGUAGGAGUUUCUAUUGGUAGGAAGGGUGUCUGAAUCACAAAAGACAGGGGUGAGUGAUUAGACCAUGUAACUGAUCCGUAUUCACAGGAGAGAAUUAAGUGUAGGAAUCUAUGUGGUAAAAAUAGCAAGUCUAUUCUGGUGUAGGUUCCCGUUGCUGUGGAAUAAAAGGAGUGGUCUCUGGACUGAGGGUGUGUGAUAUGCCAAGUGUCAAAUAAGUUAAUUGAGUUUAAAAGCCUAGCGCUUAGCAUUUAGGGUGACCACAUGGAGGGUAGCCAUAACAACGCAACUGCAGAGCAGAGAAGCCCUGGUCCAACCCCACACGCAAAGCAAAAACAAACUAUAUACAAUGAAAAUAAAUACAACAAAAAUAAAACUGUAAGAACACAGAAAUCAGUUAGAAAUCACCAAUCUCGAUGGUAACUAUCCCCUAGGGGAGGUAAUAAUCCACUGAUAAAUUAUCCUAAUAAUGUUACACUGUCAUGUAUGCCUAAAAGGCAAAGGAAUUGGUUAAGGAAUUAAGAAGGAGGAUUGAUGUUAGUAAGGACAGAAUGUUCUACCCUAGUAUAUAAGAAAUUAUCCGGGGCAAUCAGGAAUAGGAAAUGGAACAUAGAUAACAAUGUAGUGGGCUUAAAACAGUUAUCAGUAGCCUGUGGUCAAUAUGAGGCAUGAGUAUCUGCUGAUCUGAUGUGAGUGGAGUAACUAAGGUUUUACCAGUGUUAGGAAUUACAUAAUGGAAUUAGUAUAUGGUUAAUCUGGAAUGACUCAAGGGUCAGUAAAUUUUAAUGCCAGCAAGGCUGGGUAAGCUCACCUAUUUUCCACCUCAGUCAAAACCAAGCUGUUUAGUUUUUUGGGGGGGGUUUUUUGUGUGAGAUAAAAGAGAACCGUAACACCAUCUAACAACAAAUAGUGUAGUGAAUACCCCCAUCCAAGUCAUAUCGGCAUAUGGUGGAAUUCCACAUGACUGCAAUCCUAGGAUAUGUGGGGCCAGUCAAGAGUAGUAUGAGGGAGAGCGGGUGGGAAGAUAUGGGUAUGAAGUAAAGCACAGGCUGUAGGAAAUAAAGAAGGGGAAUGGAGGGCAGAAGGAGGGUGCAUAGGCAGAGUCCUAACAGUUCCCAGUUAUAAUCUAAGCACAUGUCAUUAUAAACAUUGGAGACAAACAAUAAAAUAACCUUCUUGCUCAUCCUGAUGUGGCAGAGAGUUGUACUCCAGAUUACCAUGUGAAAUAUAGAGCAAGAGGUAGGUUUGAAUACCAAAGUUAAUAUUUGUGGUGGUGGACUUGUGGAUCAGACAGUAAGUGAAUUGUCAUCAUGAGUUGUGUCUGAAGGCUAGGUUAACACAUUUCUGAAGUUGGAAAAAUGUGAGGCACAGCAAUUUCAACAAUGGUAUGUAACAUUUCCAAAGAGGGUACACUUGGGUACAAUAUGGUAAAAGGAGUAAGGGCAGACACAAAUUCCUUUGUGGGUCAAUAUAAAUAAUUGUAAUCCAUGAGUUCCUGAUCAGCAGAGUAGGGGAGAAGGUUAAUGGUGGUUUGGAGUGCUUUUGGGGAAGGGUGAUCCAGAAUAUGUGUCGAUAUGUUAAUUCCUUCUUUUCUUGGCUGUAGAUUGCCACUGUUGAUGCUGUGGUAAUUGUGAGGAGGGUGGGGUUUGCACCAGACCAUACCAAUCCUAAAUAUGGACAUCUGGGAGAUCCAGUGCUUGAGUGAAAGAAGCAAAGUCCUUCUCUGUAUGGAGUACUUGUGGUUUUCCUUUAUAAGUCACUAGCAACGCAAAGGGGUAUCCCCACCAGUAGCUGGAUGUGAGAAGGUCAGUCAGGGAUGCAGUACACGUCUAGCUGGAAGACCUAUCCAGGAUAGGUCUGAAUAGAUUUAAAUUUGGGUUGUUGUGGUACAGGAGAGGCUGGGAGGAUUGAUGCAGUAUGAGCAGGAUACCUUCUUUUAGUGUAAAAUAGUGAAUUCUGGAUAUUACAUCUUUAGGUUGUAUUGUAGGGGCACGGCAAGGGCCCAGGGCUCUAUGUGCUCUGUCUAGUAGCACUGGGGUGUCAACGGUUGGUCUGUUUAAAAUCAAAUUAAAUAAUUCUUGAAGAGUAACAGUUAAAUCAAAUUAGUCCUGUUCUGGCAUACCUUUAAUGUGGCAGUUGUUAUGUCUCCUCCUGUCAUCUAUCAGCCUAUGCAUAGUGAAGAUUUGGGAGGUAUUUGCCUCUACUGUCGCUUGUAGUUGCUGGAUUUGAGAGCACAAUAGAUCUGUCACCCUCAAGGGUAUUCACCCUGUCCCCAACAUGGCGGAUGACAGCUCAUAUGGUCUUUAAUUUUGUUUGGAAGGACACUUCCAGCUUACUUAGCAUUGCAGCCAGGAUCCACUUCAGAGGCAAGCUUCUGAUGAUUGCCUUCAGGUCAGUAUCGGCUGUAAACAGUGAGGCUUCUGUGCCCUCUGGACUGAAUAAAAACCGAGCCAAUGUUGGAGGAUUCAAGCACCAUAUUGGGGCCUUGCGCGCCCACAUGGAAGUCUGCAUUAUAGCGGAAAAACAUACUAAGGGCGCACGAUUUUCCAGCAGGCUGUUUUUUUUUAUGUCUGGUGGGACGACAGGGAUCAUUUAGGGUGUCCUAUCGUGGAGUGGGAGACCGAUGAUUGCUGAAUAACUGUUCGAUGCUACGGAGCUCUCUCAGAGUGUGGCCAUUUAGCUCUGUAGUUGGCUCUGUCCCUCAAUCAAGAGAUCUUUUAUGCUCUGACUCAUGGGAGCAGAGUCUGUCAAUCAAUUAUUUUUCUUUCUCUAGAUUUUCUUUUAGACAUUUAGAAGAUAUAGCAAUCAGGACACCUCUAAUAUAAUAUUCUCAUAUUCUUUGUCUUCACCUCUAAUAUAAGCCUUACACACUGUCAAUACUGUCAUCUGUGAUAAGCCAACUAUAUCAAAAUAUAAGUUGAUUACCCUAAAUACCUCAUUGUAUAUACCUCAUUGAGUCUUGCAGCAACCACUGAGGCCUGAGAAAUUGCUGUGUAAACUUAAACAGCUAAUUAUAACUGCUGAUCAGACUAAGGUUUUAUAGGAAUCUUACAGUAUUACGCACAAUAUAUACAGUGCUGCCAUAUGAAAAAUAGAUUAUUGUUAUGAGCGUAGCUAUUGUGGGGAUGUAAGUAAAAAUGUGUAAUCUCCAGGUAUCCAGUAGAGAUUGAUUAAAGGUUAUUCUUUUAAAUAGCUCAGUAUUCUAAUCAAGUCAGUUAGGAAUGCUAGUAGAGGGAUGAUCUAAAAUCAGAUUUAAUACAGCAUUAAAUCCCCACCUACCCAUACGAGGUAUCUCUCCUACUAAUAUAUUAAAUUUAAUACAAAAUUCCAUUUACAUUUUUUUCAAAUUGUAGGGUUUUUUUUGUAACAUAAUAGUACAACAAAAAGUCAGCAUAUGUUGCUACAUUUGCAUCACAGAUUGAUAACAUGCAUAUUAAAUAUAGAUAAAAAUGUAGAUUGCUAACAUAAAGGCAGCCAUAGAUAUAGGGUCAGCUAUAAGAUCCACUGUUUUAAACAUGUCAACUCAUACUGUAAGUCAAAACGCUAGUACGAAGGGGGUAACAGCCUCUCAUGAGAGCAACAGCUCAACAACUGUUAUAUAUUCGGUAACCUACACAUGAAUGGAAAUCCUUAGUAAAGCUAGGUCUUGGCAGGAAAAUACAAGAAGUUGCAUUAUCUCCAAAAAAACAAAACAAAAAAUAAAAAAAAGUAAUGAUUCCAUGUAAUCUCUUUAACUAAAUAAUUGUUUCCAGAGCAAUAUUUUUUCUUUUUGAUACAACGUAACCAUUUUAGUAUUUAACUUUGUUACCUUAAAUUAUUCAUUCUUUCAUUUUUUACAUUGUGAAAUGGAAAUAUUACAUAUUUCUAAGUAAAUUUGCUUUUCCUGUGACUAUUGGAAAAAAACAAAAAAAUAUAUAUAUUAAUCAAUGGAACUAAACAUUUUAAAAAAGAAUUGUUAGAGUGCUUAGUCUGACCCUUUCAGAACGUUUUAAAACAGCCUGUGUGAAUAGCUCACAUCUUAAUCUUUCAGUUUGUAGCACAACUUGUCUCCAGUGCACCAACGUAAAUGGUAAAACAUGUGAGGGAAAACCUGUGACUUGCGAUGGGGAUCGCAAAUGCUUUGUGAGAUCCAAUUUUUUGCAUUACCGUAAGUACAAAAUAUAUGUUGAACUCAAAAGCUUUAUAAAGUAAUGAUAAUGAUGGCAUGUACCAAUAAUAGCCAAUACCAACCUGUGUAAGGACACGAGAAAUCAGCUGUCCAUGUGCUUUUGAACACUCAGUAGAUCUAAAUGUCAGUGCUCAUAUUCUCCAGCAUUGUAGGGUCUACUUCUCACAAACAGUGCCCAAGCACCAUAACCACUUUAUAAUACUGAUGUAUCCAUGGUGCUCGGGGUAACCUUCUAAGAAUGGAGAGAAACCAGAGAUGUUCUUUUUAGGGAAAGUAACAAGAUUCUACAAAUUAUUUAAUGUGGCGACGAAGGAUGUUGCCAAAUAAUAAAACUAAGCAAUCAUGCUCGGAUAGUUGGUGUAAUUAUGACAUGAUCUACUAAGAGGAACUUGAAGAAUUGAUGGGGAUAUGGUAAUUAUAUGCAGCAUUUUUUACACUGAGCUUGGAUUCUAUAAUGGGAUUUUGGUUAGAUAAAGGCAGAGUGACCGUGAAGGACAUGUUGGUAAGGAUGUUGUCCUCAUACGUAUGAUAUUAACAUUUAAAUAAUUAGUUUGCUAAAAGCAAAUGUGUGGAUGGAGAAGAAUAAUCUAGAAUGGAACCUUGACUUUAAGGUACCGCCAACAGAGAGGGGUAAUGGGGGAAGCACCUAAGAAAGAGCCAAAAAAAUAUCUGACAAAAACAAUUUAUCCCUGGAAAGUGCUGCAUCACAGAUGCUGGAAAAAUAUCAACACAAUGUCUAGAAAUUAUUUUAUUUGUAAUGCAAUGAUGUUUAUGUAACAAGUCCAAGAUAUAAAUGUAUUCUGCUGUAAACAAUUUGUAUUUAAAUAAAUAUAGGCAUUGAAAGACAAAUAUCCUAAUUUAUUCCUGCAGUUGGUGAAGAUUCCAGUUCCAUUACCAAGGGAUGUGUUACUGAAAAUAUACCCUGUGAUUAUGUGGGUUAUCUUGAUAUUGGCGGUGCUGAUUCUUCUACAUAUUCAAUGAAUAUUAAAUGCUGUGAUGGGGACAACUGCAACACCUUUGGUCAUGAGAGUGAGUGUCCUUCAUUUUUUUUCAAAGAGUUACUUUUAAACAUUAUGUUAUAUAUAUAUAUAUAUAUAUAUAUAUAUAUAUAUAUAUUAUAUACUUAUACUUUAUAUUUCGAAACCUACAAGACUUAUUCAAUAAUUUGUAGGUGGGCGAGAGGGAGGCAGAGCCGAUAUGGUCUUUACGUACCCUAAGCUGUCCCCCUUCAGCGCCAUUAUCUUUCUCCCACUUCCCAAGAAAAUAGUGAAGAGCAGAGGCUCUCCAUAUUUCUUGCCAGUUUAUGCAGGGCCAGAACCCUGUUGUAUGCCUUUUUUAUGAUCUCCCUCACCUGCUGGCACUAAAAUGGAGUAGGGGAUGGAGAGAGGGCGCUGGGGAGCUCUUGCCGGUCCUCUCCUUGCAAGCUUGGAUCAUUGCCACAGUUACCAUGACAACUAUCCGAUCUCACGAGGGUGAACUGUAGCCUCAGAGCUGCAGCUGCAGGCUAUAGUUCACUCCCCACCAGACCACUAGGGAUUACAGGAAAUCUCAUAGUCAAAGGUAAUAAGGGAGGGGGGAUAUAAAGUAUAUUUAUUUUCAAUUGAAAAAAAUAAUAGAUAUAUUUGCUUUAAUCUGCCUGCACAUUCACACCCUUACACAUACUGAACCCCUCAUAUACACAGACACAUCCACACCCACACACAAUGCACCCCUUACACACACACACAUUGCAGCCCUCACACACUGCCCCCUCACACACACACUGCCCCCAUACUCACACACUGCACCCUUCACACACACACUGUACCUUUCACACUGCACCCCUCACACACACACACUGUACCCCUCACACACACUGUACCCUUCAUGUAUACUGUCCCCCUGACACACAUUUAAUCCCUCACACAGACACUGUACAACUCACACACACUGACCCCCACAGACACACUGCCCUUCACAAACACACAUACACUGCACCCCUCACACAUGCACUCCGCCCUUCCCAAACACACAAUGUACCCCACACACACACAUACUACUACCCCUAUCCCUUACUACAGACCUGAUCCUGGGAGACCCCAGGUAAGUUGUUAAACUUGGCACUCCUGGCACCAUAACCACUACAGAAGCUGUAAUGCCUAUUGUGCCUGGAUUGUUCCUACCAGUGCCCCUCCCAAGAUUAUAUUCUGGAUCCUCCCUGCUUCAAACUGCACAUGAAAAUAAACCGUUUACCUUAAAAACUUAACACCUCAUUUAACCUAACUCUAAACUCAAUCCUAAACAGCCCUUAUGCUACAACUUUUAACAAUUUAAAGCUCUUAAUCCUAUUAACUCUAAACACCCUAUGUAAUCUCACACUUAUGUUAAACACUCUCCAACCUUAACCACUUCUACCAUUAUCGGUAAUUCUGCAUGCAUUUACACUGCUACACACACUCACUAUACUCCCAAGUUCAAACACAAUACAUUACAUGUAGAAAUAUGGAUUUACAUAUUUAUAUACAUAAGCAGUUGCCAAAUGUGAUUUUUUUUUGGGAUGUUUCUAGGCCCGCGAUAUUCAGUAAUUAUAUUUUUAUAUGUCUUCUUUUUUGGGUUGAGGAGCAGGGGGCACCUUAUAAUCAUGUUCCUACAGGAUUCUGACAUGUAAAUCUGGUCCUGGACAGGACACAAAUUGCAUUGGACUAGACAAAAGCAAUGGGGGAUAUUUAUCAAAGUGUCUCUGCAGCUUUUCUGGAAUUUGUUUCUAAAAUCAAUUAUGAGAUCUAACAGUAUUUUACACUAUUUAGCAAGUGUUACCUUUUGUGUAUGUAUUUAUUUUGCACCAGAACACUAUUCUAUAUUCUAUCAUUUGUUUACACCACCCAAAAGCGUCCGCACGGGGUGUGCCAGGUGUGCCUGGGCACACCCUAAUCCCGCGAUACGCCUAUGGAUUGAGACCGGCAGGGGAUUUCAGGAUCUCCCCUGUUGGCUCAUGCAGAGCCGCACCGGCCCAUAGGCCAGUGGGGAGAUCAAAGAUCUCCCUCACUGGUUCACAGCUGCAGGAAGGGAGGCAGGAGAGGACCCAGGGAGCUCCAGCCAGCAGCUCCGCCGGGUUCCUCUCGUGAGAUCUGAGUGUUGCCACGACAACGCUCAGAUCUCGCGAGAGUGAACUCUAGCCCCGCAAGGUAGAGUUCACUCUCCACUGGACCACCAGGGAUGGCAGCAGCAACAAGGAUCCCCCCUCCAUACAUAAGGUAAGAAGGGAGUGGGGAUAUUUACUAAAUGGCCCCCACUAUACACACAAUCACCCAAACAUACAGCGCACACACACACACAUAUCACCCACACACAUACAGCAUUUACACACAUACAGCACCCUCACACACACAGCACCCACACACAUGCAGCACACAAACAGCACCUACACACAAAGCAUCCAUACACAUACAGCACACAAACAGCAUCCACACACACACAUACAGAACACAAACAGCACCCACACACACACAGCAGACAAACAGCACCCACACACACAGCAUCUACACACAUACAACACCCUCACACACCCCCACACACACAGCCCACACACAUACAGCACACAAACAUCACCUACACACAUACAGCACCCUCACACAAACAGCCCCCACACACACACAGCACUUACACACAUACAGCACCCACACACAUACAGCACCAUCACACACACACACACACACACCACCCUCACACACACACAGUACACUAACAGCAAACACGCACACAAACAGCACCCUCAUACACAGCACCCUCACACACAGCACAUUAACAGCCCCCUCACAAACACACAAACACCCUCACCCACAUAGCACACUACCAGCACCCUCACACACAGCACCCUCACACACACACACAGCACCCUUACACAAACAGCACCCUCACACCACCCUCACACAGCGCACACACACACACACAGCAGGCGUGUGUUUGUGCUUUAGGGUGCACACCCUAAUGCAAUAUGCUGCACACGCCUAUGACACCACCCUUAGCUUGUCUUAAGGAGUGAGGCAGAAUAUUCACACAGUAGUUUUAGUUACUUGAUAUGAGGCGCAAACAUCUGUCAGAAAAUACAAAGUACAAAACAUCUUUGCUACUUUGCAGUUUGUAAAGAACAAGCUGUAGCGAGUUUUAAAUAAUUGUAUUUUAUUAUUUCUUAUUAAUCACAGUUCCAGAGGAGAAUGAAAAAUUUGAAGGAAAAACUUGUCCAACCUGCGUGAAAUUGAACUCGAACGAGGAAUGUGUUCCAGAAACUGACAUGGUGUGCAGGGGGAAAGAUGACCUGUGCUACACCUAUGUGGGUAUCUGGCGUGACCAAGGUAAAUUAUGUAGAUUUCAGUGUGUAACAAAUGUAAUUGAACAAGCUUCAAUUACCUAUUUUUAUAAUGCUUGUUAGAUAUAAGAUAGAACAGAUCUAUGUACUGCAUUUCUGCUUGUGUUCACUCCAAAAUCUGUAUUUGCGCAGAGAAGUGUAGGGUGGGACAGAUCCAGUGGUCCAUCUCUGGUAAUCUAACGAUCACAGAAUAAGAACAUUUCCAACACUUUUUUUUAUUAUUUGGUUUAUAUAAACAAAAGGAGGAAUAAAGAAUAUACAAUCCAAAACAAAAUACAGAAAAAGAUAUUCAUGUAUUCAUAUAAUAGUAAUACAGUAAGUAACUGUAAGUUGAACAUCCCUACAAGCUUUGAACAUCCCUACAAACAAGAUGAACAGAAUAUGACAAUAUAGUGAAAAAAGAAACAGAAACAGAGGGAAAGAUAAAUGGAGUAAAUACAUAUUAAGGAGAAACACUUUAAAGGAAUAUGUAACUUGCAUUGGAACGGAAUAUGAAAAAAAAGCACAUUUGUUAACAGAAAUGGGGAAACAUGGAGAAUGAAAAGUUAAAGGGACACAGUACUGCCUAAUAAAAAAAAAAAAAAAUCACUGUUAAAAACAUGCCUGCAUUUAGUUAUGCAUUUUCUUUUCCAUUGGAGGUAUAGCUAAAAACAGCACACAAAAGCUGAAUAUCUUUUGCCUGCAGCUUUUUCAAGUCCCCUGCCCUCCCUAAUCCAGCUCAGACUUUGUGGCUGUCCAAUUACAGCCUUCCCAGUGCAGCUACAUGAGAAGUCUUUGGAAGGCAGGUGCUCUGAGCAAUUGCUGCCUCUUGAUUUUAGCUCCACUGAGCUAAACAAACUAGGAAGUGUCAAGAACCAGUUGUCUGAUUGGCAGCAAGAGAGUGGUAACAAUGUUGAUUUAUAAAAGUGCCAAUUUCUAUCUGCACAUUUUGUUAAAAAAAAAAAGUUUACACACACCAAGGAUUUCAGCUAGCUAAAGUGCUUAGAGGUCUGGAGUGUCCCUUUAAGUAAGGUCUAAGUGUUUACAUUGCUACCUAGGAACAUCUGUGGGUGCAAUCACUCAGGUGCUUCCUGGGUGGAGCACUGACGUUUAGCAUCUCCACACUUUGCAUGGAGACACUGAACUUUCUCACAUAGAUGCAUUAAGUCAAUGCAUCUCUGUGAUGAUAUGCUGAUUGACCAGAGCUGUGUUUUGCCGUGCAUUCGCAAUGGGCUCCGAUUGCUUGAUAAAGGCAUCUGUCUAGUUCGCAAUGUUGCAGUUUUUAUCACAACAAAUAUGCCUUCCUGCAGCAAUCCUGAGUGUCUGGGCCUAUUUUAUGUUAUCUUAUAUGGUAAUAAAAGCAAGGAUUUUCAUACGUGGGGAAAAUGGAACAAUGACCAUCUAGAAUACCUCCUAAUAUGGUCAUUGUUCUUAUAAUGUAAGUUUAGGUUUUACGGUCUAUUCUAGACUUUUGAACCAAGCAAUUCCAAAUUAACCUGGUUUGCUCAUUCUUCAAUAUCUUUCCCCUCCUGAGACUCAACAUACUCAACUUACAUCAAAACAACACAUUGGCACCCAUCCCUAGGCCUGCAACCACAUCCUUUUAUUAUCACUAACACGACUAUAAGGGGGAAAACAUUGUUACAAAGUAGUACAGCAUAGUUCAGAAAAAGAAAAAUAAGUCUUUUAAAAAUUAGUUUGUACUCUUUUGGUUAUAUGCUAUAAAAUUACUGAUAGUAGCAAGAUGGCUGACAGCAAAGCUCUGCCAGGUUCAAUAUUUUAUCAAUAAUAUCACUUAAAACACUAGCAGAUGUUUGCAACUAAAACAUUCCGACACAGGCGUUGACUUUCUACAUUAAAGUCAAAGCCACCUCCACCGAGCCUGACCACUAUUUAGUAUUUAAUGUUUUGAAAAUUGUAUUUUCCAGUUCAUGAGAGUUCAAAAUACAUGCUUAGUGAAAUAUUUUAUUAACUUUUCAUAAAAGACAACAGAUUUAAAAAUGAUCAAUGCAAGGUAUAGUGGGAUAUGUGACAACAACAGUGCCAAAUAAAAAUUCUGUCUAGAUUUUAAUACUUUUUAAUAUUUUACAGAUAAUAUAUAAAUUAUCUUUGUAAAUGUAAAUUCAGUUAUCUAUGAACCAUAUUAUACAGUGUUUAAACAUUGUGCGUUUUCUUUAUUUGAUUUCUGUUUCAUUUCAUCUUUACAGUUGGCAAUGAAAUACACAGUUCUGAGAAAGGAUGUUUGGAAACGUUUUUAUGUAAAGAACUAUUUGGUUUGGCAACCGGCAUGGAGGCAGUCCAAACAACUACCUUUACUUGCACUUAACUUUAAAAAAAGAAAUAACCUAUUCUAAUAAGGUUUGUCAUAACCAAAACAAACUUGUAGUUACUGAUUAACAAAAUGAUUUGUGUUUUGGUGAAAAAAAUAAAUAAU